AUGGCUGCUGUAGGGGAGGCAAUAAAUCUGCUGGAUCCAAGCAACAGCUCUAAGAAUACCUUGAAGCUCGAAAAUACAAAGAAUCGAGACACCCUGAUAGCGAUCGAGAAGAAAUACCAGGCGAAAUGGAAGGCCGAACGCGUAUUCGAAGUCGAUGCACCCACCCAUUCCGAGAUGCCCUAUGAUUCAACAAAGCCCGAAGACUUGAGAAAGAGGCAUCCGAAGUAUUUUGGCACCUUUGCGUACCCUUACAUGAAUGGUACACUUCAUGCCGGACACAGUUUCACAGCUUCGAAAGUCGAAUUUACCGCAGGCUUCUCCCGGAUGGUAGGAAAGCGGGCGCUGUUUCCCCUGGGUUUCCACUGCACAGGCAUGCCAAUAAAAGCUUGUGCCGACAAGCUCGUCGAGGAUGUACGGAGGUUUGGCAAGGAUUUCGAAGGCUACGAAGAGGAGGAGGCAGAAGAUGCACCUGUCGAAAACGGUGCUCCCGUUGCACCAGUGCAGGGCCAAAUCAAGGACGAUAUCACGAAGUUCAGCAGCAAGAAGAGCAAGGCGGCGGGAAAAGCUGUCAAGCUGAAACACCAAUUUCAGAUCAUGCUUGCUCUGGGGAUACCUAAGGAAGAGAUACACAGAUUUGCGGAUGCAGAUUACUGGCUUCAAUACUUUCCACCAUUGUGCGAGAAGGAUCUUAACAGCUUCGGUGCACGGAUAGACUGGAGAAGGAAAUUCGUCACGACCGAUGCAAAUCCGUAUUACGAUGCUUUUGUACGAUGGCAAAUGAAUCGCUUGAAAGAACUUAAUAAGAUCAUGUAUGGCAAUCGAUACACCAUAUACAGUCCCAAAGAUGGCCAACCUUGCAUGGACCAUGAUCGGACUGAAGGCGAAGGUAUUGGGCCAACAGAGUACACAGCCCUCAAACUGCAGGUCAAGGAGUGGGCACCCGAGGUUGCAAAGAGUGUAGAAGAUAAGAUUCCUAAGGACGCGACAGUAUACUUCGUGCCGGCAACGUUGAGACCCGAAACCAUGUAUGGACAAACGUGUUGCUUUGUCGGACCGAAAAUUAAAUAUGGUAUCUUUAAGGUGUCCGAAUCAGAAUAUUUCAUUUGCACAAAGCGGGCAGCAUGGAACAUGGCAUUCCAGGGGAAGUUCUUCGACGUUGAUAAUUUCCCGCGAGAUCAGAGCGAACUGCAGCCAGUCGUUGAGCUGUCUGGAUCUGCAUUCGUUGGGACACUGGUCAAGGCGCCACUUUCCGUACACACAGAGGGUGUGAGAAUAUUGCCAAUGGAUUCAGUUCUUGCCACCAAGGGCACAGGGGUGGUCACCUGUGUGCCUUCGGACAGUCCAGAUGACUAUGCCACUAUAAGAGACUUGGCCAAGAAAGCCGACUUUUACGGCAUCAAGAAGGAGUGGGCAGAGCUCGAGAUUUUACCGCUAAUAGAAACACCGUCAUACGGCAAUAUGACAGCGAAGUAUCUGGUGGACACCAUGAAGAUCAACUCGCCUAAAGAUGCAGCCCAGCUUGCACAAGCUAAGGAUCUUGCCUAUUCGGAAGGUUUCUACAAAGGCAAGAUGCUGGUGGGAGAGUUCAAGGGCCAGCCAGUCCAGGAAGCAAAGGACAGAGUUCGACAAUCUUUGAUCGACAGUGGCGACGCCUUUCCGUUUGCCGAUCCGUCUGGUAAGGUUGUCAGCCGCAGUGCGGACGAGUGUGUCGUAGCAUAUCUUGGCCAAUGGUUCUUGAACUAUGGCGAGAACGACAAGGAGUGGCAGCAGACUGUGAUUGACUAUGUCAACAAUGGUUUAAAUUGUUAUACACAGGAGACAACCAACCAGUUCAACGCAAAUCUGGAGUGGUUGAAUCGGUGGGCUUGUGCAAGAACCUAUGGUCUGGGUACCAAACUGCCUUGGGAUAAGAAGUUCCUGGUGGAGAGCUUGAGCGAUAGCACCAUCUACAUGUCCUAUUACACGAUCUCUCAUCUUCUACACUCCGACGUCUUUGGCACCAAGCCUGGAAAGUUAAAUAUCAGGCCAGAACAGAUGACAGACGAGGUCUGGGACUGUAUCUACCACAAAACUGGGAUAUCAGAAGAUGUCAUCAAUUCCUCUGGUGUUAGCAAAGAGUCGUUCCAGACAAUGCGCCGCGAAUUCGAAUAUUGGUAUCCGCUUGAUAUGCGAGUGUCAGGCAAGGAUCUCAUUCCCAACCACCUAACAUUCAUGUUAUAUAUCCACCUCGCCUUGUUCCCGCGACAGUUUUGGCCACGAUCUGUCCGAUCGAACGGUCAUCUGUUACUGAAUGGUGCCAAGAUGAGCAAGAGUACGGGGAACUUUUUGACGCUGAGCGAAGCGGUGAAGAAGUUUGGUGCAGAUGCGACGAGGAUAGCGCUUGCCGAUGCAGGUGAUGGGAUUGAAGACGCCAAUUUCGAAGAGAAGGGUGCUAAUGGAGCCAUCAUGAGGAUGCACACGCUAAAGGAGUGGAUCGAGGAGGUUGCCCAAGAUCCAAAUCUGCGGACAGGACCGGCAGAUGCAGUCUGGGACAAGCUGUUUGACGACGAGAUGAAUAUCCUUGUCCACGAGGCAAGACAGCACUAUGAAGACACGAACUACAAACUCGCAUUAAAAUCCGCCCUCUACGAUUUCCAAUCCGCCCGAGACUUCUACCGCGAAGCAUGCCUCUCCUCCUCAAUACCAAUGUCGCGUGCGUUGAUCCUCCGCUACAUCUCCCUACAAGCCCUCCUCAUCACCCCGAUCGCGCCCCACUGGGCCGAGUAUAUCUGGCUCGAAGUCCUAAAGAAUCCCGAUACUGUGCAACGAGCUCAGUGGCCCUCCGACGUGCCCGCCGCAAGCCCCGCUUUAACAGCGGCCAGAGAAUACGUCAAACUGACCAGCAGCAACAUCACCAGCGCCGAAGCCCAAGCCGCGAAGAAAAUGGCAAAGGGCAAAGCCAGCUUAUUCGAUCCGAGAAAACCGAAGCGUCUCACCAUCUUCGCGGCAUCGAGCUUUCCAGCUUGGCAGGAUAAAUAUAUCGAUCUUGUCCGCGAGAUGUUCGAUGCCGCUAGCCUCUCCAUUGACGAGAAAGAACUAAAAGGCAAGGUGAGCAAGAUGGGUGAGGUGAAGAAAGCGAUGCCUUUCGUUCAAGGACUGAAGACUCGUUUGGUUGGUCAAAAGGAGGAUCCGAAGACGGUGUUUGGGAGGAAAUUGGCGUUCGAUGAGGCGGAGAUGCUGGAGAGUAUGAAGAAGGGGCUGAUGAAGACGACGGGUUGUAAAGAGGUGGUUGUCGUGAAGGUGGAGGAUGCGAAGGAGCAGGGUCUGCCGCCCAUGGCGGAGAAUGCUCUCCCGGGCAAUCCGUCGUUUUUGUUUGAGAAUGUGGAGGCGUAG